GCACUAUUCAUGAAAUCAAAUUCAAGUCUAGUGUUUGGCAUAACCCUUAGAAUAAAACACUCCAAAACAACUCCAAACUGACACGUCUCCUGUCACGUAGCAUGUAAAAAGUCCAAGAAGCGUUUCAUUCAACCAUUUACAUCCCCACCCAAUUCAAUUGAGAUGGCCAGCACAGACUGGGACCUCAUUUCUUCAUAUGCAGGUCUUCUGUGCUUAGCUUCUAUCUCUAUAUAUGUGGGAGCCCACGGCUCACUUCCAACGCCUAAGAAGCCAAAAAUCAAAGGAACGGAUAAAUCGGUCGUGCAAGAUGAUGAAGAUGAUGAUGAUGAAGAAGAUGAAGGCGUGACCGAUAUGCUUUCGUCCUCUGACGCAUGGCUUUUCCCAGUUGCAGGCUCAGUAGCGCUUUUCGGGAUGUACGCUAUAAUGAAGUACUUUGGAAAAGAAUGGAUAAAUUGGUUACUCGCGUGGUAUUUUUCUGUCGCUGGCGUGGGCAGUGUGUGGAAGAGUGCUGUGUCACUUAUGAGAUUCGCGGUCGGGGAAGAACGGUGGAAGAAGUUUGAUCGGAAUAGAGUGUUAAUUCUGAAAGGUCCACGGGAAUUGGUUUCGGUGUCGCUACGCACGCCGACGAUUUGGUUGUUUCCACUCGCUUUGAUACCCUCUGUGCUAUUCAACAUAUCGGAAACGAGCCGCAAGUCUGCGCUUAUAACGGAUAUCAUGGCGCUGUCGUUCUCUUACAAUGCCAUCUGUCUGCUGAAAAUAGACUCGUUCCAGACGGGAUGUAUUCUUCUGUCUGGACUGUUCUUCUAUGAUAUAUACUGGGUAUUUGGUACGGACGUGAUGCUCACGGUAGCCACGUCUCUUGAUGUCCCAAUCAAACUACUGUGGCCCAAAUCGCUGAGUUUUGCCAGCGAGCGCGGAUACACAUUACUCGGACUAGGGGACAUUGUCAUUCCCGGUACAUUUGUUGCCUUGGCACUACGUUACGACUAUGCACGUGCGGAUGACAAAGGCACAUUUAGGAAGCCGUACUUUUACGCGACCCUGGCAGCGUACUUUACUGGACUGGUGACUACAAUGGCAGUGAUGCACGUGUUCGGCAAAGCCCAGCCCGCGUUACUUUAUUUGAGGUGUGUUUUGUUUUUAUGGGCUGGAAAGGCUAUGGUGACGGUUCUUCUUUUGUGCGCUUUAGCCCCGCUUGUAUGUUGUCAUUGUUCGGGGUAGGGAUUGUUAGAGGGGAAUUAGGUAAUGCUUGGAAAUGGAUUGAUGGUGAUGGAUCGAAGAGUGAAGUCGAGGGGAAGGAAGUUGAUGGGAAGGGGAAGAACAAGAGCAAGAGCAAACGAGAGUAAGAAGCGGAUGUAAUGCUGUACGUGUCUUUGAGUUGGAGUAGUCGGGAGUAGAUACCUAUUUGAGUUUUAAUUUAGUUUCUAGAAAUGAUAAGUGGCGUAUGAUGGUGGCGCGGGCGGCGUGGUGGUUAUUUUAUGACUUUCCUGAGACAGAGAAGGAGGAGUGAUUCGCACGGAGAGUGGGAUCGGAGUCGGGUGGAUGACGUGGUUCUAUAGGACCUUUUGAUCUAACCGGGC